AUGUUGGGGGCACCUCCAAAUAUAUCAUAUGUCAACCAAAAUUUUGUGAGAAUAUUUGACGAGAAGAAUCAACUACUUAUAACCAAUAUAUGGCUGUCAUUGGAAUGGAAUGACUACAACUUGAGGUGGAAUGACAGCGAGUACGGAGGUGUCAAAGACCUGCGUAUCACACCUAAUAAGCUAUGGAAACCAGACGUUUUGAUGUACAAUAGUGCUGACGAGGGUUUUGACGGGACGUACCAGACGAACGUGGUGGUCAGAAACAACGGCAGUUGCCUGUAUGUGCCUCCGGGCAUUUUCAAGAGCACAUGCAAGAUAGACAUCACUUGGUUCCCCUUCGACGAUCAACAUUGUGACAUGAAGUUCGGUAGUUGGACCUACGAUGGCAAUCAGUUGGACCUUGUGCUUAAAGAUGAAGCUGGUGGUGAUUUAUCUGAUUUCAUAACAAAUGGAGAAUGGUAUUUAAUAGGGAUGCCUGGAAAGAAGAAUACGAUAACAUAUGCAUGUUGUCCGGAGCCCUACGUUGACGUUACAUUCACAAUCAUGAUCAGGAGGAGGACACUGUACUAUUUUUUCAAUUUGAUAGUACCUUGUGUGCUGAUUUCAUCGAUGGCACUUCUUGGUUUCACAUUACCUCCAGAUUCCGGAGAGAAACUUACACUUGGAGUCACUAUACUACUCUCGCUGACGGUGUUCCUCAACUUGGUCGCCGAGACCCUGCCGCAGGUCUCCGAUGCAAUUCCCUUGUUAGGGACUUACUUCAACUGCAUCAUGUUCAUGGUGGCGUCAUCCGUGGUGCUGACCGUCGUCGUACUGAACUAUCAUCAUAGAACGGCAGACAUACAUGAGAUGCCACAAUGGAUAAAAACUGUGUUUCUGCAAUGGCUACCAUGGAUCUUGCGAAUGUCAAGACCGGGGAAGAAGAUAACGAGGAAAACAAUAAUGAUGACGAACAGAAUGAGGGAACUGGAACUAAAGGAGCGUUCUUCAAAGUCAUUGUUGGCGAACGUUUUGGACAUAGAUGAUGACUUUAGACAUGCGCCGCCGCCGCCUAACAGCACUGCCUCGACGGGAAAUCUGGGGCCGGGGUAUGAGGGGUGUUCGAUAUUCCGCUCUGACUUUCGCCGGUCGUUCGUUCGCCCCUCAACAAUGGAGGACGUGGGGGCAGGGCUCGGCAGCCACCAUCGUGAACUCCAUCUUAUACUGAGAGAGUUGCAGUUCAUUACUGCGAGGAUGAAGAAAGCUGACGAAGAGGCUGAACUCAUUAGCGAUUGGAAAUUCGCUGCGAUGGUUGUUGACAGGUUUUGCCUGUUUGUUUUCACCCUGUUCACAAUCAUCGCUACGGUGGCCGUGCUACUCUCAGCGCCUCAUAUUAUCGUGCAGUGA